UAUUAUUCAAAGUAAUCGAUAAAAUUUGUUACAUUUCUAACUUAGAUCAGAUGAAAAAUUCCACUGUUACUAUAAGACACUUGAUAGAAGUGGAAGUUUCUAAAAGGAAAAAAUAAAAUCGGGAACUGGCAAGCGGCAACAGUAAAAGGGAAUUUAAAGGAAAGUAGCAAACAAAGAAGUGCAGAUGUUUUGUUUUACGUAGCAGAAAGAUGGCGAUAUUUUUUACUAAUUAGGGAAGAACCCUCAAAAUGCAUGUCUAUUUUUUUUAUAAGAUAAUUACCAAUUCCACUAUUCUCUAUUAGAAUUUAAUUCAAUUAGUGGUGAAUACAUGUGUUCACCAUUUAACAUUCUUUUUUUUUUGAGCAAAUAGUAACUGAGAUUACAUUAAACGGAGGUGCAUGAGAAGAUGUACUUCAAGAGAAAAACAAAGAAAAAAGAUUACAAAGGCGGAGCACUGUCACUAAAUAAACAAUCUCUAUGAGCACCAGAUUUGGCUAACCCGUCUGCUACAGUGUUCAAUUUCCCUGGGAAUCCUGUUCAGCUUAACCUUCAUUGAGUCCAAUGUCUCUAGCUUCUCUCAAAAAAUGAGCCAAGCUCCAAGGCCCGCUGUCUUUUUCCUUUAGCCAUCUUAUUGUAUUAGCUGAAUCACCCUCAAAUGUUUGAGAGGAAAUUCCUAACAUUUUAGCACAACAAAGACCCGUGAGGGUUGCCACUAUUUCUGCCUUUGUAGAGUUAGAAAAUCCAAUCGGGCUACUAAAAUCCCAACAAAUAUUCCCAUCUCUGUCCUGGAUUAUACCUCCAAUCCCUGCUAGACCAGAAGAUCCUUGGGCACUCCCAUCGAAACUUAAUCUCACUAUCCUUUCCUCCCUUUGAUUGCAAUAGACUUGGGGAUGAGAAAAGAAUUUCCACUAGGUUUUGUUGAAGAUCAUUCAAAGAGAAGCCAGCAAAUUCUUCAGAAUUUACAGCCCACAGGUUGCAAAAGAAAGUAAUAGAGGAGACCAGAUCUACUGUUCUUCCUUUAUUCUCAAAAAUCCUGUUGUUUCUUUCUUCCCACACACCCCACAUAACAGCUUGAGCUACGGACCUCCAAUACAGUUCGCCUAUUCUACCUAAUAUUGCCACAUGAACUCCACUACCUGCUUAGGAAACACCCACCUAAGACCAACCAUUCGAGAAAAUGAUACCAAAUCUUCCUGGUUACAUACAGCACAAUGCAUAAUAAGAUGCUCUGCUGACUCCCCAUUGUUUAGGCACAGAGGACAAACAUGCAGAAGGCUCUGCUGACUAACCAUUGUUACAUUACACCUCUAAGGUAAUGUAACAGGUCUCCAAGUUCGUCUGUUUCUACUUCUCUCAGAGAUCCUCUUAGAUUUAGGUUCCAAUUAAAGCCGGAGGAUGAAGGGGUAAGGCAAGAGGAAAUUGUGGCUUCUUUGGAUCGGGAUAGGUUGAAGAUACAGAUACGAGGGAAAGCACUAAGGGUCUCUCACCCCACCAAAGGGGCUGAUUGCUGUCACUCAGUUCAAGUGGACCUUGCCAUCCCAUCCAUUUGAGUUUCUCCCAUACUUGCUGCUGCUGAUGGAAGUCCAAGUGGAUCUCGACUCGAUAGGGAAUCUCCAUAACCAUUUCCCAAGUAUCAAUGGAAGAUUCUUCAGUUACCAAGGGAAAGGAAAGUCUUUUGAUUCCUGUUCAAGCAGAGGUCAGGCAUUCCUCAUUACUUAACCGUUGCCCACAUCGUUCAGAAGUUCAAAGUCUAGUUCUUGCUGAAACAGAGUGCAAUGGCUUCUUAGUCUUGGGGACAGUUGAUUCUUAUGGUCACCUAAUUGUGUCUCAACUGGAUACUAGUGGUCAAGAUGUUGACAGGAUUACAUAUUCAGUAGUUCCUCGGGAUUGUGGUGUAGGGGAGGGUAGCUGGGCAGGCCUCUCCUUUAGUCCAAGUUUAUGGUCCACGGUAGCUGUUGCUCAUAGUUUUUGCAAAAGCAUUGAUGUUUAUGACCAGGAUAUUCAUCUUCGAAGUUUACGCACUUUAUUGUAUCCAACUUCAUUAAGCUUUGUGCGGAGCUCAUUUCUUGGGGAUGAAAAUUCAAUAUUGGCUGUUGCUGAGGGCUGUCAGCUUACUAUAUGGGACUUGAGAACACAUGAGAAUGGUGGGUGUGUACAACGAAUCUGUGGUUCCAUGGGGGAUAUUUUAUAUGCUAUUUGCAGUUCCUCAGAUGGGGCAAUUGCGGUAGGUGGAGCUGAUCGUACUGUAACCAUUUAUGACCCUCGUAGAUGGUCAGCUUUUGCAAGAUGGGUGAACUGCUCAAAGUAUGAGAUAACAGGCCUUUCUUUCUCAUCAAUCGACUCAUCUCAUAUUUACAUACAAGGUGUUGAUUAUGAGGUGUUCUGUGGAGACUGGAAAGAUAGCAAAAAGAUAUUUUCAUUCAGAGGGGACUCCAACUGGCUUGGAUUUAGCAAGUCUGCCAACAGGGAUGUUUUGGGAGGAUGGUGCGACUCUGGUAGCAUUUUUCUGGCCGAGAUAGCAAAUGAACGUGAGGUUGACAUACUUAAAAGGUCUAGCAAUGGGUUUCCCAAAUGAAUGCCUAGCUACUUUGUACCCAUUGAUGGGUACUUUUGGAUCCUGUAGAAAUACAGUACCUGCCUGUGCAUCGUUGUGUCGUUACUUCCAAGUCGUUUGGACCAUGAAUUAAUACUUUAGAGCAUGUUCAACAGUUCACAUAGAUAGCUUCAGGAUUCUUCAUGAUUCUGGAAAUUAUCUUCAUUCUAGCAUUCUUUCUCCUUUUUUUUUUCUUUUCUUUUUUUUUUUUGGGGGGGGGGGAGGUGGCUAAAAAGGUGCCAUACAUCUGUAUGGUUGAUAUUAGUGCAUAAAUGGGUCCCAUGGAUGGUAUGAUAACAUCUUUAUCCUUAAUUAGUCUUAUUAGUAAUAUGUAAAACUAUGGUGUAUCUCUUUGUGCA